GGGACACUGGGACACGCAACCUCUCUCCCCCUUCCCUCCCCGCCGCGGGGUGACACCGGGAGGGACCUGAUCCUGCUGGGGGGCAACAUUGGGACACCCCCCCAUAGCCUGCUAUGGGGGUACUCAGGUAGGGGCGACCUGGCCCUGCUGGGGGGCGACAGUGGGACAUCUCACCCCCCCACUGCUGUGGGGUGACACUGGAGGGUGGGGACAUUGGAGGGGACCUGACCCUGCUGGGAGGGACACAGGGACACCCCCCCCCCCAACCCCUGCUGUGGGGGGUGACACAGGGGAGGGAUACUGGGACACCCCCACACACCCUGCUGUAGGGUGACACUGGAGGGAGCACACACUCUGCUGUGGGGUGACACCGGGGAGGGGCCUGACCCUCCUGUGGGGGACACACUGGGACACACACUCCUUCCCCUCACUCCCCACCCGCUGUAGAGUGACACUGGGUGGAGUAUAUGGCUUGCUGUGCAGUGACAGCGUGGGGGGAUGACCGUGCCAUGGGGUGACACUGGGACACACCCCUACUCCCUGCUGUGGGGUGACACUAGGGAGGGACCCUGCUGAGGGUGGUACUAGAAGCUGAUGGUGAUGGAAAUAAUUUGGAGCUGGGUUUGGACAAAGCAGGGCCAGUGCUGGGAUAGAGGGUCUAGGGUUUGGGGAGGAGGCUGGCUGUGUGGGGUUGGAUGGGAUCCGAAGCCUGUUUUGGAAGAGUGAGGGUUCCUGGCAGCCUGUGGGGACCCCAUCAUCCCUGGCAAGUGGAGCUACUGCAGCCUCUUCUUGCUGUAUAUCUUGGCACGGAAAACCCUAAAUAUUGCUAGGAUCCUGCUGAGCGGCUGGCAGCCGCGGCUACGUGAUGCCAGGAGAGCCGGCAUCCUCCCUGCAUGCCGUAGCACGUCACUGGCAUUUGUGGAUCCCCAUGACCCGUCCCUGUGCCCCCCAGCCUGGUGAGGAGGUGCCCCCUCCCAGUGUGCCCCCCCGCCCGCCUGAGGUCUGUAGGGGGCUGAUGCUGCGUGUGCACCAUAUUUUACCAGCACGAUUUCCUCCUUUGGCAUUGGUGAUGGGAGUGGGGGCGGAGAUGAGGGGAGCCCGGGGGAGACACAAAUGUGUGACUGCAGCAUCCUCACUCUCACGGCUGCAUCCCUGCGCCUCCUUACAGUUGCCUUAGCAACCUCCUAUCGAUGGGGUAUUUAUAGAGGAGGCGAAUGCGGGUUGGGAAGCCAGAGGCGGGGGACUGGGACUGGGUGGGCGUCUGCUAGGUCAGCCUUCAGCUUCAGGCUUCUCUUGGCUUGCGUGGCUUUGCGGGGGCAGGAGGAUGCUACUUUCUUUGGCGUAAGUGUGUGCGGUGGUCCAGCUUUUUCUGCUCAUAGGAGCUGGGGGAGGUGGUUAGGAAUUUGCACAUGGAAAUAAAAAUAAGUGUCUGGGAUGUCUGCCCUUCUCGCAGGCAUCUUUUAUGCUUGUAGGCUUGUGUAGACCCAGCUUAUUGUUACACUGGAAUAAAUCAUCUCUGAGCUCUGACAGGGGGUGCAUUGGCACAGAUACUCAGGGAGGAAAAGGUUAAAAUAAAAUCUUCUUGAUGCAUUAAAGGUGUUGCCUGAUGUGAGUCCUGACAAAUCUGUUUGUGAAUAUCCUUAUUUUUGUGUCUUAGUUCUGUCUGUCAGAGGGCGAAAAUGCCUGUAACAAUGAGUGAGACAGAGGUUUUGUGUGGAAACUGUGGCAAGUUUUCCUUUGCUGUACAUUCAUUUAUCCCAUGGGUUUGGAUCUCUUUGUAAAACCUGAUGACAACAAAAGUAGGUCAGGUGGUCCCUGCUCAGAGCUGAUGCAGCUUGUGGAGGAAUGCACAGAUCCAGAGGCCUCUCAGCUGCUCUCAUGUGCCCCAGAACAGCCCAGAGAACUGGGAUUAGGUGCACAGUUUCUCAAGGAAAGGCCUUCUGGUGUGGGCUGUGGGGCACAGGAGGUGGCAGACCCCUUCUGUGUAAUUCUGGUGCACUGCUGCUUUCCUUCACUCCUCCUUGAACACCAGACUGAGGUUUACAAUCUGACUUUUACAAACUGUUGGAAAGAAGCUGCUUUCUGCCUCUGGACACAGUGCCAGGCUUGCUUGGCUUCUUACUACUUUUGAUGUAGGAACCUCAGAAACCACAGGAAGCCUGAUGUUGCCAGGAGGAGGUGCUGUAUUUAUGGAGAAGGUGGCUAUCAGUGAGGUGCUAUGAUGCCCGCCUUGGCCCUUCCAUGCAUGUGGAUGCCUGCCUUUUACGGGAAAUGAGGUGUGUUUCCAGCCCUGCUGACCCUGUGAAUGGCACUGUGCUGCCGUAACCUCACUACAGCUGAGCAGAUUCAAAUCCUUUUGGGAUAACUACAAAUAUCUGAAGUCCUGGACCUAAGAUCAGCAUAUGGCUUAGUUCCUGUGAUUUCCAACUGUGUUAGCUCCAUCAUCUGCAAUAAAUGCCUUUCAGAGCUGCGUAGUCCUGUCUCCUCUGUCUCCUGACAGAGUUGUGGCUUUGCCACAGCAAGAUGUCACACAAGGCAAGAGGAGAUGAGCUUGCCCAGGACAGUCUGAUCGGUGGGGCAUCAAGCACAGGGAGAAGACAAAGCGUGAAAAACAAGUAGGCAGGAGCUCCCUGUAGCCGAGUGAGGCAGCAUGGCAAUGUUCUUGGGGGCCAGGAAUGCCCACUCGGUCCUGAAGCGCUUUCCCCGAGCCAACGGCUUCCUGGAGGAGAUCCGACAGGGCACCAUUGAGCGGGAGUGCAUUGAGGAGGUCUGCAGCUAUGAGGAGGUCAAGGAAGUGUUCGAGAACAAAGAGAAAACGAUGGAGUUUUGGAAGGGCUACACCAACUCUGUCUACUCUGUCAAGGACCCCGGGCACAGCACGGAGCACUCAGAUGCUAUGUACGUGGUAGUGCCUCUCUUGGGAGUGGCUCUUCUGAUAGUCAUCGCCCUCUUCAUCAUCUGGAGGUGCCAGCUUCAAAAGGCCACCCGCCACCGCCCUUCCUAUGCCCAGAACCGUUACCUGGCCAGUCGAACAGGAUGCAGCCUCCCCAGGGUCAUGGUGUACCGGGAGCGGUCGCAAAGCCAAGGGGAAACUCAGUACCAGCGAGAAGCGAGCAGUCGGGUGGCUGGAGAUGGCAGAGCUGGGGAUGCCCCCCAGCAAGACAGCACCCUCUACCCACCAGAGCAUUCGGUCUCCGUCCUUUCCAGACUGUCCAGUGCCACCCCUCCACCUUCCUACGAGGAGGUUACAGGCCAUCCGGAGAGCAGCAGUGGUGAAGAGACCAGCAUCUCCUACAACGACCCACCACCCAAGUAUGAAGAGAUCGUGGCCACUGCCCCUGUUGCGGGCAAAUAGUGGGUCUGCCUCCCUCCUGCCUCUUCACACACUCAUGCUCACCCACCUGCCCACCCUUCGCUGUGCCCGGGACCCCCUUUGGAUGUGACUCGGCACCCCAUCUCACUUGUACAAGCUGGUGCCAUCACACAAUAGCCUUACCCUCCUAACCAAAACCAGCUGUCCCCAGCUGGGGAGAGGCUGGGCUGUGGGGAUGGCUCUGGAGCCAGCCAACCAUCUCCUGCUCCUCACUCCCCGCUCACGUAAGUGCUGUAGCAGCCAGAGCCAAGCACAGCUUAUUCCUGGCUCAAUGUGGGGGUCUCCCCAUGGUGCAUUUGAUUUCCUGACUUCCCGCUCAAACAGACAUAACAUUUCCCAUUAUUAAAAUAGCCUCACUGCCUCCCUGGAGUGCUGCGCAGCUUUACCCCAUGUCCUUAUCAGCCCCUGUUUUGCUGCUUGGGGCUCUGAUUAGGAGUUGGGGAUGCAGGAAGGGUGCGGCAAAUUUCUGUCCAUCCCCACAGUUGGUGUCCAUGCUCUGUAUUUUGGGAGAAACUGCCUCCCUUGUGUGGAAGUGGGGAACCUGGUCCAUCCUGCAGUGCCUGAAGCAAUAUUUGCUGUCCUGAGAUCACGGAGGAGCUGUCAGGGGGGUGCUCUUUGGUCUCCUAGAUCCCUUUGGGAAGGGGGAAAGGCUUGUGGUGGUCUUGUACGUGAGGUAAGUGACUUUGGAGUAUCAGGCUCCUCUCUUUGGGGGUCUUUGUCCUCCAGAGCAGGUAAAGGGGAGUGCAAGACCCCACUCUCCUCCAGGCCCCGCUGGUGGGUGGAGUGCUUGAAUACCAUGGCCAUGGCAUGGAGGACCUGACAGAGGCAUCUGCUGAGAUGAGAGCUGAGCGAUCGCGCCAUGACCCAGCGAUGGCCGAUGGGUUGAAAGUAGGACCAAGCUCUGUUGCUUCUGACCACCAGCUGCCUGUGGUGGCAGGGCAGAGCCAUGUGCUUUGCUGUGGGGCCAGUGUCCCCUUUUCCUGUGGAGCUGCUUUAGGGCUUGAAGCAAAAAGGCUGUCCUUUCCAAGUCAUGUCUGGUGGGUUAAAAAGAGCGUUGUGCUCACCAGCUCCCCAGGAGAAGCCCAGAAACUCCCAGGACUGCCACCCUUCAGUGUGCACCCCAGCACCAGUCUCUCCACCAGCACCGAAUGGCUAUUGUACAUGUGUCAGCUGCCUGCACUGCACUCCGUCCCAGCGAUGCUCUCACAGCAAGUGCCCUCAGCCCAGAGCUGGGGCUUGUCCACCGUGGCUGUUCCUGGGGCAGGACAUGAGGGGUUUGCAGCUGCUGGCACCUUGUCUCUUCCCUCCCAGGCCUUUACUCUGCCUUUUGGCCUUAGCAAAUUGGGAUUAUAGGAAGACCUGACAGUGAGCGUUGGUGUCAGAGCCUGGCAAAGACUGGAGGGAGACAGAAGGGCGCUCUGCAUCCUCUGUCUUUGAUGCUCAGUCAUUAUCCCUGCAGUUUGUAUUCUGUAAAACUUGGUAUAUUUCUGUGCAAAAAAUGGUAUUUAUUAAAAAACCCUCACUGUCUGAGUGGCAUAGGGUGGCUUAUUCCCACAGGGGGGUGACCCCCCCAAGGUGCUGCUGGAUUUCCAUCUCAUGGGUGUGCCUGGCGCUCAGCUCUGCAGGACGAUGGAGGCAGCUGUGGGAUGACGGCACCCACCCCACCCCUCCCGGGCACAGCUGCAGCACAGUUCCCACAGGAGGGGACCAUCUCUGGAGACCAGAUAUGUGCUGCCGUGGUACUGGCAACGCAUCAUGCAUGUUGGACAGGAGUCUCACUUCCCUGGGCAUCUGGUGCAACGCUGGUGACAGCUGGAGUGUGUCCUGUGAGCCCUGACCAGCCAGUAGGUGAAGUGUGGAGGGAUUUCCUAAGGUCUUUGAGGGGAUUUAGGUGCACAAGUUGUCCUGCUGUUCCUCUAUGUGCUCCUAAACCUCUUAGAUAAUUCCCUUUAAAUAGCACGACUAGGGCAGCGUGGGAUUUAUUUUAAGCCCUUUCAAAACCAGAUUUUACGCUCAGGUUUUGGACUCUGUCCCCCCUCAGAAGUGUUUAAAACUGUCGUUCAGCCCAAACAGAUGGGUUUAUCGCUGCAGACUCCACUGUGAGGCAGGAGAGAUUAGCUCUGGCACAGCUCGGUGCUUGGAUGCCCACCGUCUCCGCUCUCGCCUGGGCUCCUGCGGUGGCACGGGGACGUGUUUAGCCUGGGAUUGGUCCCCAGUUGACAGGAUAAGCCCUGGCCUUGAAGCACGGCUUGGU